AUGUCUGAUAUCGAUGAUGAGCUCUUCGCCCUCGCUGGCGGUGAGGAGGACGUCGACGUUGAAGAGGGUGAGGCAUCCUCCGUUGCCGCCUCUUCCCCUGAGUCCCUCGGUUCUGCUGGCAUGGAGGAGUCCGACUCUGAAGCCGAAGAAGAAGAUGGCCCUGUUCCAACCGAAGAAGUCCCAUACCCGCUGGAAGGCAAAUAUGAGAGCCUGAAGGAUAAGGCGUACAUCAACAGCUUGCCUCAGCUCGAGCGCGAGCGGAUUCUCGGAGAGCGCGCUGAACGGUCAAAUCAGGCGGCAUGGAAUGCCGAACUCAUCCGACGCGCAAAAGAGAAGGAGGCGUCUGGGGCGAACGAUAGGAAGCGCAAGGCUGAUUCCGUCGAGCCUGAUGAUGCUGAACGCAAGACUAGCCGUCAGAAGGUGAAGGGCCGCACGAACGAGAAGCUUGAGGCAUAUAAGCGCGAUCGAGAACAACGCGGUCAGGCACGUCAACGAAACGACGACCGUCGACGACGCAGAUCUCCAUCCGACCGUAGCCGUGGCGGCUCUGACCUCGACGCUGAAGGUGAAAGUGAAGUCGAAUACACCGAGUAUGAGAAGGCUCCCCGACAUGAAGAGCCCGCUGAAGUCAGACAUUUCGAUGCUGUCCGAGCGAGCAGAGCUCAAUUUGCAGAGGUCUGCUUCGACCCGGGUUUCGAAGAAGUCAUGACGGGCGCGUACGCGCGUAUUGGUACUGGUCAAGACGCUCAGCGCAGGACACUCUACAAGAUGGCUCUAAUAAAGGGGUUCACUACGGGCAAGCCUUACGUCUUCGAAGGGAGGAACGGUAAACGGGUUGCCACCGAUCAGUAUAUCGUUGCACAGCAUGGUAGUGUGAGGAAGGAAUACACUUUCAAUUACCUGUCGAAUGGACACUUCACACAGGAGGAUCUUGACACCUACAGGCAGUCUCUGUCCGAUAUCGGCGGCAAAUUUCCAAGUCAGAGUACACUGAAGAGAAAAUUCGACGACAUCAAGAAUUUCGAGAACCGCGUCUGGAGCGAUGCCGAUAUCACGGGGAAACUCAAGAAGAGGAACAGGUAUGCCGAUAUGCUCAAGCCGAAAUCGUCGGAGGACCAGGGACCGAGGAUCCCCACCCAGACUGAGAUUGAGGCGCGUCGCCUUGCCGAACUGAACCGCAAGAAUAGGCUUGCCGAGUCAGAGCGUGUCCGCAAGGCCUUGAUCGAGGAGCGUCGCGCCGAUAUGCAGUUGCGAAAGCAACGUGAGGCCGAGGCUAGGAAGAGGAGAGAAGAAGAGGAGGCCAAGAAGCAGGCUGAAGAGGAGAAGGCUGCUCAGAAGGCUCGGAACGCCGAGCUGUUUGGAGACGAUAGCAAGGCGGGCACUCCUGAGCCCAAUGUUCCCAAACCGAGGGAGAAGGAGAGACCCAAGGGGUUGCCAACUUUCCGCAAGCCGCAGAUGGAUGACGAUAUCCUUGCUUCCAUGGAUAUUGGAGUGGAGAUCGAGAUUUAG